AAUCUCUUUUAUUCCUUUAUAAAUGAAAGUUAAACAUGUUCGAAAGUCUAAAUUGACAUUCCGACAGGUCGGCGACGCACUAAUUACGGUAGAAGCCGUUUAGGCUUUAUUUGCAUUGGGUCGCGUGAGAUUAUCAUUGACACAGUUCGAGACGUGGAUUCCAGUUAGUUGGCAUCCCUACAGGUUCCAGCGCGAGUGGUGUGGCCGAGGAUCGUGGCAAGAGCCCAGCUGCCUAGCUAAUGGACACCCGAGUUUUAGUGGAGAAAUGCCACUGCGGCGUGCGACGAGAUCCACUCCGGCAUCACCUUCUGGUGUGCCAGAGCAGUCUGGGUUUGAUGAGGUUCAGGAGUUGCGUGCUCAGGUGAGCGCGUUAGUCGGGGCUAUGCAGAGAUAAGAGGAACACAUAAAGAAUUUACAGGAUCUAAUGUCGCGACAGACGACAACAGCAACAUCUGGGAGUCAGGAUGUACCUAUACCUGAGGUGUCGGCGACAGUGACCCCUGUUCCACCGACUGUUCCUCCAGUGGUUUCUGGGCCCUCUAAUUUUGAUUUGACCGCAUUAGAGGCUGAGCGCGCGCGAUUUGUAAAGGUACUGAGGGCGUUUAUGCGGUUUAAUCCGCCUAUGUUUGAUAGAAAAGAGGCAGAUCUGUGGAUAGUGGAGACAUGGCUUACAGCGAUGGAAGCAUUAUUUGAGGAUAUCUAUACCCUAGAAAGGGACAAGGUUCCUUUGGCAGCACACUGUUUUGAGAAGGAUGCGCAGAUUUGGUGGCAAAAUGCUAAGAAGAAUCGUGCUCCAAACCUAUCACCGAUUACCUGGGAUGAAUUCCGGGAGCUACUGUUUAUGGAAUAUUUCCCUGAUAGUGGUAAAAGAAAAAUGAAAGAAGAUUUUCGCAAGUUAAGACAAGGGAACCGUUCAGUGCGGGAAUACGAACGAGAGUUUACACAUUUGGUGAAUUGUGUACCCGAUAUGAUUCACAGUGAUCGAGAUCGAGCAGAGUGCUUUGAGCGGGGGUUGCGACCUGACAUAUUCAAGGUAAUCAAUGCUUUGAAGUUAAAAACUUUUGAGGAAGUCCUCGAUCGAGCUCUUUGGGUUGAGCGCGGGAAUGCGAUUGCUCGUGAUGAACGCAAAUCGUUUGAAAGAGAACGAGAAAAGGAAAAAGGAAAGAAGAGGACCACUAGUGGUGCCGGCGGACAGUCGAGCUCUAAACGGCCCCCUCGGUAUCCACGUUCUCAGUCGAGGUAUCAGGGACCCCUGAGAUGUGUGAUUUGUGGCGGGAGUCAUCGACUGACAGCCUGUACGCAGCGUGGGGGAAGAUGUUACCGGUGUGGACAGCCAGGACACCUGAGUCGGGAGUGCUCGACUGGACCAUCGUCUACCCAGUCCGCAGCUUCAGUUCAGUCACCUUUCAGACAGCGUGCGGGUCUCCCACCUGCUAUGUUAGCUGGACGUUCUUUUGUGCCGCGCCAGUAUGAGACACCUCGACCUGCACCGAGUAGCCGUGUGGACACACCUCGACCUGCACCGAGUGGUCGUGUAUUUGCAGCCCAGGCAGAGGAGCCGGCCGUCGUUGAUGACGUCGUGGCAGGUAUAGUUUUAAUUUAUGGCACUAGAUCUCGUGCAUUAUUUGAUACAGGUGCAUCACAUUCAUUCAUCAGUAGCUCAUUUGCUAAGAUGCAUGAUAUUGAGAUUUCGGAUAGUGCGGAUGCCUGGUGGGUGUAUGCCCCUGAGCACACAUUUAGUGUCCACGAGGUGUGUGCGGCGUGUCCAGUACAGAUUGAUGAUUGGAUUAUGCCUGCAGAUUUGUUAGUGCUAAACCGUAUGAAAGGCUUUGAUGUGAUCCUUCGGAUGGAUUGGCUUACAAAGUGCUAUGCCACGAUUGAUUGUAAAAGUAAAGUAAUUACUUUUCAGGAACCCGGGCAAAAAGAAAUUGUGUAUCGGGCGUGCAAGAGUUCGCUCUUUGCGUUAACAGUAUCGACGUCGAGAGCGAGAAAGUUGAUUAGUAGUGGAUGUGCGGCUUAUUUGGCAACAGUUGUGGAGACUCAGAAGGAACUUCCAGUACUUGGAGAUAUUCUAGUAGUUCGAGAGUUUCCUGACGUGUUUUCUGCGGAGUUACCGGGAUUGCCACCGGAUCGGAAAAUUGAGUUCGUUAUUGACUUGGUUCCCGAGACGGCGCCAAUUUCGAAGGCUCUGUACAGAAUGGCACCAGCUGAGUUGAGGGAGCUAAAAGCUCAGUUGCAGGAUUUAAUGGAUAAAGGCUUUGUGAAGCCUAGUGUAUCACCGUGGGGAGCUCCAGUUCUGUUUGUAAAGAAGAAAGACGGAACGCUUCGGCUUUGCGUUGACUAUCGCGAGCUGAACAAAGUCACAAUUAAGAAUAAAUAUCCGUUGCCGCGAAUUGAUGACUUAUUUGAUCAGUUGCAAGGGUCACGGGUAUACUCGAAGAUUGAUCUCCAAUCAGGUUACCACCAAUUGAAGAUCAAACCAGAGAAUGUGCACAAGACAGCGUUUCGCACUCGUCAUGGUCACUACGAGUUCACAGUGAUGCCGUUUGGGCUGACCAAUGCCCCUGCAGCAUUCAUGGAUCUAAUGAACAUGAUCUUUAAGCUGCUGUUGGAUCAGUGUGUCGUAGUAUUUAUUGACGACAUCUUGAUCUUUUCCCAAAGUAAUGAGGAGUACGAGGAACACUUAAGAAUGGUGAUGCAAAUACUGCGGGAGAAACAGUUGUAUGCUAAAUUGAAGAAAUGUGAUUUUUGGCUGCGGGAGGUUGCGUUUUUGGGGCAUGUGAUUUCUGAGGGUGGUGUAGCUGUUGACCCAAAGAAAGUAGAGGCGAUUAAAGAUUGGCCUCGCCCGACGACGGUUGCUGAGAUCCGCAGUUUUCUUGGACUUGCGGGAUAUUAUCGGCGGUUCGUGGAGGGGUUUGCAAAGAUUACUACUCCACUAACGCGCCUUACACACAAAGGAGCUAAGUAUAUUUGGAGCGAAGAAUGUGAUCGUAGUUUUCAGGAGUUGAAAGAAAGGUUGACUUUGACUCCUAUUCUUGCCUUGCCGAGUUCGGGGGAGAGUUUUGUGGUUUAUAGUGAUGCUUCCUACAGUGGACUUGGGUGUGUACUUAUGUAGGGUGGUCGAGUUAUCGCUUAUGCGUCUCGCCAGUUGAAGAAUUAUGAAAAGAAUUAUCCUAUUCACGAUUUAGAGUUGGCGGUGGUGAUCUUUGCAUUGAAGUUGUGGAGACACUAUCUUUAUGACGAGCAUUGUGAAAUCUAUACAGAUCACAAAAGCCUGAAGUAUUUAUUCACCCAAAAAGAGCUAAAUAUGCGACAACGCCGGUGGUUAGAAUUGUUGAAGGAUUAUGAUGUUAAUAUUCUAUACCACCCAGGAAAAGCGAAUGUGGUUGCAGAUGCACUGAGUAGGAAGUCAGUUGAGAACUUGGCUAUGGAGAUCACGCUCUAACCGUCGUUGCAGAAUGAAAUGCGGCGGUUUGAUCUUGAGGUAGUAGCUCGAGAUGUACCAGCUAUUCUUGCCGCUCUUGUUGUUCAACCGACCUUAUUGGAACAGAUUAAAGAACGUCAAUCUUCAGAUCCGUAUCUCCAAAAGGUACGGUGUGAAGUUAAGAGCGGACGUGGUGAUGAUUUUGCAGUAGGGUCAGAUGGAGCACUUCGGUUUCGCAACCGGUUAUGCAUGCCUAAAGACGAGGAGAUUCAGAAAGCUAUAUUACAGGAAGCUCAUCAGUCACCUUAUAGUGUACAUCCAGGUGGCACUAAGAUGUACAAAGAUCUUAAAGUGCAUUAUUGGUGGCCUGGGAUGAAGAAGGAUAUUGGACAGUUUGUGGCGCAGUGCCUGACAUGCCAACAAGUGAAAGCUGAGCGUCGAUUUCCUGCAGGAAAGUUGCAGAGCUUACCUAUUCCUGUCUGGAAGUGGGAGAACAUUGCGAUGGAUUUCAUUGUUGGAUUAUCUUGCUCACAGACUGGACAUGACACUAUUUGGGUGAUUGUUGAUCGACUUACGAAAUCGGCGCAUUUCUUGCCGAUUCAUGCUACUUGGUCAGGGGACAAGUUAGCACAGGUGUACCUCGACGAGAUUGUGAGAUUACACGGAGUCCCGACGUCGAUUGUAUCAGAUCGAGACCCGCGGUUUACAUCUCACUUUUGGAGGAGUUUGCAGGAUGCACUGGGCACACGGUUUGAUUUUAGUAUAGCUUUUCAUCCUCAGACCGAUUGACAGUCUGAGAGGAUGAUUCAGAUUUUGGAGGAUAUGCUACGAGCGUGUGUACUUGACUUCAGGGGUAGUUGGCAUGAUUUCUUAGCGAUGGCUCAGUUCGCUUAUAAUAACAGUUAUCAAGAAAGUAUCGCUAUGGCACCGUUUGAAGCCCUUUACGGGAGGAAAUGUUGAUCCCCUAUUCAUUGGAGUGAAAUAGGAGAAAGAAUUGUUCUUGGUCCUGAUGUGCUCCAGGAAGCGGAGGAAAAGGUACGCCUAGUCCGCCAGAGAUUGUUGACGGCCCAGUCACGGCAACAUAAGCACCGAAAGAACUUGGAGUUUGCGGUUGGCGAUCGAGUAUUCUUGAAGGUGUCGCCUAUGCGCGGGAUAAAGAGAUUUGGUGUUUGAGGAAAGCUUAGUCCUCGAUAUAUUGGACCCUACGAGAUUUUGGAGCGGGUUGGAGCGGUAACUUAUAAAUUGGCUCUACUGCUGAAAUUCGAGGGAAUAAACAAUGUAUUUCACAUUUCGAACCUUCGCAAAUAUGUGCAUCAUCCUGGACAUGUUCUGGAAUUCGAACCAGUAGAUUUGCAAGAGAAUAUGACUUAUGAAGAAUAUCCAGUAUGCAUCCUUGAUCGAGAAGUGCGAGAAUUGCGAAAUCGCACUAUUCCCUACGUGAAGGUGCAAUGGAGCAAUCACUUGAGACGAGAGGCCACUUGGAGUUGGAAGAAGCUAUGCGCGAAUCCUAUCCCCAUCUAUUUGAUCAGGAGGAUUACGGAAUAGAGUAGUGAGGAAAAGCUUGUGGAGCUGAGUUCUUCUUGCUGUUGGAGCUAAGAAGAAACCUGUAGAGCUGAAAAGGAGGUUGAUGAAGCCGAAGGACACUUUUGUGAAGCUUCAAGUUCAGACUUGGGUUUUGGGUAGUUGAUGCUGCCGAGUUGAAGAACUUAGCUGAACAAGCAUCAAAUUCGGUGGCUGUGAGAGAAAGGCUUGGUGGAAUUGAGGGUCCUUGUUGUUCCAAGCUGAGAAGAAUUGGAAUGAGCUACGAAUUAGGAAUUUCCUACUAGUUGGAGCUGCCGAAUUGGAAAAUUCAGCUAAGGAAAUCUGAGAUUUGAAGUAUGUAACUUCAAUUUCAACCAAGGGUAGUUAUAGCUGCAUAAAGGUUAAUUCUAAAGCAUGAAAAUUGAUGUUAAUAAGUGGAGAGAUCAGAGUGGUGGCUGUUGCCCUGCUGCAGAUCUAGGCACCCGAAUUUGAGAGAGGACUUGAGGAGUUGCAGCUUGGUAGAGUCCUGGGCGCCCACUUUGGGAAGGAGACUUUGUGGAGCUUCGAAAUUAGGUCGGCGACACACUAAUUACGGUAGAAGCCGUUUAGGCUUUAUUUGCGUUGGGUCGCGUGAGAUCAUCAUUGACACAGUUCGAGACGUGGAUUCCAGUUAGUUGGCAUCCCUACAGGUUCCAGCGCGAGCGGUGUGGCCGAGGAUCGUGGCAAGAGCCCAGCAGCCUAGUUAGUGGACACCUGAGUUCUAGUGGUAUACCAUUUUGGGUUCAUGUGAUACAUUUUGAUAUACAAAGACUUGUAAAUGAAUAUAUAAAAGAGCAUGUAACUAACUAAAUGUUUCAGUUGUUCAGUUAUGUAUAGUUCAGUUUUCAAGUUUUAAAAUUACAGUGAGUUUUAUGUAUAGCUAGCUUAUUAUCACUUGUGGUUGCUGCUUACCCUCGUGUAAGCCCUGUGUAAUAAAAUG